GGUUUGUUUUCAAUUCAUUGUCAAUUUUCAUAAAAAUUCAACAAACUGUCACACUUUUUCAUAAAAUUGGGCUUAAAGUCUGAUAAAAAUAGGUGCACAAUGAUUUACAUUUAGUUUGAACCGUUAUUAUGUAGAGGUAGUGAUUUCGGGAACGGAAAAUUUGUCCUAUGACUGGUGCCAGCGUUCAGUUUAAUCAUCCGCCUGCUCCCCUAUUCAAUGUCCAAGGGGGGGCCCCAAUUAAUUGUGUUCUGGCGGAGGCUGCUGCACCCCCUUCUUAUGAAGAUGCAAUUAACCCUAACGCGCCACCUCCAUCAUAUGAUUCCCUUUUCGGAAGGGUGAGGGAAGCCCAAAAGACCAGCAAAGGGGUGGUGGAUUUUCUUAAGAAUGUUAUCGUUAUAGUCCUAGGCACUUUGGGCUGUUCUAUUAUAUUAGGAGUAACCAUAGUCAUUCCAAUAUGCAUGAUAGUCAUGGGCUCAAUUUACUUGCACGAGUGUCCUCAAGGAGAAUACAUUCCAGUAUAUUUACUUGUUGGAGGAAUAUUUGGUAUUCUAAAGCAGCUGCUUCAUCUAUCAGCCAGGGUAAGACAAACUGAAGAAGCACGACAAGAAGAAAACUUGAGGCAGUCACCUACGCAAAACCUGUUGAACUGUUUCAUGUUGGGCUGGUUCAUUAUUGGCUCAGUUUGGGUGUACAAAGAAUAUGAACCAAAUUAUGACCCAACAUCGAGUCAGUAUUGCAACAAGAAUUUGUACGGUUUUGCCUUCUGGUUAAUCACUUCCGUCUAUAUUAUAUUGGGAUUCAUCACGCUGUUCUUGUGUUCUAUCAGUUUUGCCACUGUUGUAUUUCACACAGAUCGACGAGAUGAUCGUGAGCACAGAAGUCGAAUAUGAUUUUUUUGGACUGGAAGGUGAAGCAGACUCUCCAGUAUCUUGAACUAGGUGAAAGCAAUCAAUUGUGUUGUCUAAACUUAUUUGGACUGCGCUACCGAAAAGUGUGUUCAUUUAAAUUCUAAUUAGAUCAACGACGACUAUUUUUUAAUUUUUUCAUUGUAUCGAAAAAGCUAUUGUGCCAAAAUAUUAUUAUCAAGCCAGAAAUUGGCCAGUUAUCUACAGAAAAUUGUUUUUGCAAGCACAAUGCGUCGUUGGUCACACAUUUAUGUUUUAACCAUCUGUGAUAAGAUACAUUAAUUUAGGAUACAUUGUCGCUAGGACUAAGAGGCGUAGAAUAAACCUUCCAUAGAUGUUUUUUAUAAUUCCUUCCAUAUAGUUGUUGUUGGAUACAUUUUUGAAUGAUAUAGAACUGUAAAUAUUGCUUUUUGCAAAAAUUGCUUUUUGUUAGUUAAUACUAAGACAACUGAGCUUCUGUUGAGGUUUCUGUGUGGAAAAUGUUGAAGUAGUUGUUAUAGGUGCUUUUAACGUAAAUGACCUGACUUCUUCUAUAGCAUUCAUGUAGAUGGUAGUUUAAAAGUAACAAAAACAAGUAAUAAACAUAUUUUUAAAUAGUCGUUUUUUACAUGCAUUUAUUUCGAUAUAAACGUUGAUUUUUAGUUUUUUAACUGCCCUCUUAAAAUACCAUGUGUACAUGAUUUGGUGUAUUUUGUUGUGUAACUUGUAAUUUUUUUAAUUAAUUUUAUUAGCUAUUGCUAACAGUUUCUAAUAUUGUAAAAGAUAGUUGCUGCAUACGUGAGCUAUUUUGACCAACGCACUUGUAUGCUCGAAAUUUAUAAGCUAAAGAUCUUUUGUAUGUUACAAGUUUUUCUACUAAAGGCGCCGAAAGUGUGAGGUUGGCAUUUAGCUGUCCAAAUGGGAAGCAACAUUUUUUGUUGUAAUUGUGGUUGUGGAAAUUGUAGAUCUCUCAACUACUUCGCAAAUACUACAAAUUUCAAUACAGCUUGCCUUUAAGAAAAAUAUACGAAAUUGCUGCUUUACUUGCUUAACGUAUGUAUUAGCAAAUGUUCACAUCUCUAAUAGCUAAUCUCCAUUUUCUGCUUUCCGUUUUCCUACCAAACUGGGCAGAAUGCGAAAAUGUGAAGUAAUAGUAAAUCUAAAGUCUUUGGCGUCUGUUAUUGUUCUUAGUUAAGUUCGCAAUAUAUACAAUUUUGUUAUCUA